ACGUAUGGUCAGACGAAUUGAUUUAUUAGUACGCUAGAGGCAUGCCUGUGCGCAUCGCGUUGACGUAUCAAACGAUUUAACGGACAGUCGGAAUUUAGUAGCCAAAGUGAAAAGUCGUGUUUGUGAUUUUGUGAUAAAAAAAUAGGAGUAACCAUGGCGCCAAAUGUACUGGAGUACUACCGGGGCAAGAACAUUUUUAUAACCGGAGGUACAGGCUUCGUCGGGAAGGCCCUUGUGGAGAAACUACUUCGAAGCUGCUCAGAAGUGAAUGCUAUCUACUUACUAAUGAGACAGAAGAAGGGAGUCAGUACUGAGGAGAGACUCAAAGACCUUUGCAGCAAACCGGUUUUUGAUAUGGUCAGAGAGAAGAAUCCUAGUGGAUUCAAGAAGCUGAGGAUUAUAAAUGGAGAUAUUACAGAGCCUGGUCUUGGUAUAUCCGAAGAAGAUGUGAGACUACUGCAGAAGGAGUGCAAUAUUAUAUUCCAUAGUGCUGCAUGUGUGCGAUUUGACCAGAAACUGAAAGAUGCGGUCAACAUGAACACUUCUGGUACCCUGAGGAUGUUGACCCUUGCUGAAUCUAUGCAGAAUUUAGAGGUAUUUGUUCAUCUAUCAACAGCAUACUGCCGUUGCGAUUUAGAUGUGCUUGAGGAGAAGGUCUACGCUGCUGUCCACAAACCACGCAAGAUCAUGGACAUCGUGGAGUGGAUGGACAAUGACACUUUGGACCAUUUAGAACCUAAGAUAAUUGAAUCGGAGCCCAACACAUAUUCCUACACAAAGGCGAUCACGGAAGACUUGGUCAACGAAUAUUCAGGAAAGUUCCCGAUUGCCAUCGCCAGGCCUUCCAUUGUAACUGCUGCUUGGAAAGAGCCUAUCCCUGGGUGGGUGGACAACCUGAAUGGACCAACGGGCAUCGUCAUCGGCAGCGGCAAAGGAGUGAUCCGCACAAUGCAUUGUGAACCAUCAUACAAAGCGGACGCCAUUUCAGUGGACGUCGUCGCCAACGCUUGCAUCCUGAUAGCUUACGUUACGGGAUUGGACAAGCCAAAAGAAACCCAAGUGUAUAACCUUACUCUAUCCGGUGUUAUUAGUCUGACGUGGCAGGAAAUCAUAAAAUUAGGAGAAAAAUGGGUAAAUGAGUACCCUUACACUAUGGCUCUCUGGUACCCUGGCGGCAGCAUCAAGUCCUAUAACUUCACCCACCAGAUUGACAAGUUCUUCAGUCAUCUGGUGCCAGCGUACCUGGUGGAUGCUCUACUGUUUCUACUGGGGAAGAAAACCUUCAUGAUCAACCUUCAAAAACGGAUCAGCCACGGCCUCAACGUGCUCCAAUACUACACAACCAAAGAAUGGCACUUCAGAAACAACAACUACAAAGCUUUGAGGACCAGAGUAUCUCCUGAAGAUAAUGAGGAGUUCUACACUGACGCCUCGACCCUGAACCCUGAUGAAUACCUGAAGAAUUACGUGCUUGGUACCAGGAAGUUCUGCUGCCAUGAGGACCCUGCUAAUCUUCCGAGAGCCAGAAAAUUGCAUCGAAUUCGUUACUUUGCAGACCGCUUAUUCAAGUUACUCUUCAUCAUACUCGUCCUCUGGACCCUGUACAGCAACUCCAACGUCUUCACAUCAUCAGUAGAACUCCUGGACAACAGCCUGAAGAGUCUACCUCUCAUGAACCAAGCAAACGCCGAAGAAAUACCGAAUAUAGCACUUUAAACCUCGCUAGCUCGUUUUUAGACAUAAUGUUUAAAAUAACUAACUUAAAGUAGCUUAUACCAACGGUUCUGUCCGUGUUUUCGAGAUAAAUGUUGUCCUAUGUGUUCAAUCAGGUCUUGGUCUAUACGUAUGCUAAAUUUCAUCGCAAUCUGCUCAGUAGUUUUUGUGUUAGAGUUGUUAUUGUAAACAUAUUUCUUUUGCGUUUUGUAAUAUAGAAAAAAAAAUCUUAUUGUUUAAGUUUGCUUGAGGUAUUGAGCAUAAGAUCACAAAAUAGUGCCAAUAAAAAGAAUAAUGGACAAUGCCCAGGACUUUCCACAGUCCACUCCUGAACUAUAGACCUACUCAAAAGUUAUACAUUUUGCAUAAAAUAUUUGACAAUCCCGACAUCUAGCGGCGAAUAGUGUCAUCAUUUCCUCUUGUAAACUUGUUUGAAAUGUUUAUCUCAAUUUGUUUGAAAGUUAAAAUUUAAUGCUCACAGAAUGCAAAUUAAUAAUGUAGAUUUAGGUAGUUAUAAUUAUUGAUAUAAUUUCAUAAUUGUAACUGGCGAAAAGUGGGUGAUACGUUUAAUAAUUAUGUUUGAAUAUUACGUCUCUGCCUCAUCUUUGUGGAAAAAGGCGUGAUACUAUGUCUCGUUUGAUAUUUACACUAUAGAAUAUGUAGUUACCAUUUUUUUCUUUAGUCUUUCUGUAAUUUUUACCAAAGAUACUGUCUACUCUUUUGUUUUUUUAACUGUUUUGUUUUUGAAAAUAUUCACAAUGUCUUUUGACAAAAUCAGCUUGUUAUGUACUUAUCAUAAUAUGUUUUUGUUACGUUUAUGUCGGGUUUUAGUGUAAAUAAACAAUUAAGUAUCUAAAUAAAUGAAAAAACGUUUUCGAAAAAAUUAAACGCCUGAUCAAAAUUUCAUAGCAAUCCUCAUUUAGGCGUUUAAUUGCUUGUCAAUUUUUGUUUGAGUAUCAGGUGUGUUUUAUUUUUGUCUGUGAUGUAAGAGUGUAAAUAAAUAAAAAUAUUUUACUUUA